UUAUAACAACUCACAACUCCAUAAACUCCCACUCGAAAUCCAUGGGAACCGUUUUCUUCCCACUUUUCCAAUCGAACAAUGGACCACGGUACAUCAUGUGUGGAAACUCCAGCUGCUCCCGAAUGGCUGUCCAAAUUAGAGGAUAGGAGAGAAAAGCUAAAAUGUUCAAAGUUAGGCCACGAAGCUGGCGCUGGAGCCCCAUGCAGUGUGUGCAAUGAUAAAUGUCCCGGUUUGGAUUUACAUUUUUGGCGAAAAGUUUGCCGAAAUUGUAAAUGCAGAAAAGAUCAACAUAUGUGCCAAGACGAUGACUCGUCAGGGUGGGCGCAGUUUGAAAUUCUUGGCCAGAUACGUUCCAAGCCAGCGUUUAUUAAAAUAAAAACGCUAAGCCAACAGCCUGUCAAAGUGGAUUGGAUACCUCCAAAUGUGGCUCCCGAUGUAUUAGCUGACUAUUUGGAUAAAUUAGGUACCAAAAAUGUGCCCGUGGCCGGUAGUGAAGCCGCUGCGAAACGUAAACAACAGUUGGAGUUUCAAGUUCCUCCACACGACUUGGAUGCCGGUUUUUGUGACAAUCUUACGGAGGCCGAAUCCAAUCAAUUGCUGCAAUAUGUGCAAAAAAUACGAGAACACUGUGUGGGCCAGGGUAAUGUUGUAAGAGUGGGUAACUAUGCGCACGCCACAGUAUCUAAAAUACAUAAUUCACCCUUAAUGGGAGAAUCAUCCAUAUUUGACGAAGAGAAGUAUUGUAAAGCCAUGUCUGCUUUAAAAGAGCCACCUGUCUCCGAUCCAGUAUUAUGUGCCUUACUCAGUAAUGACAAAUUGGCAAAAGCUAUAGUAGAACCGGUAAUUUGCGCAUAUCCAAAAAUAUUUGUUGCCUUCUCUGAACCCUUAUCGGAGGGUCCGCCAUUGAACAAGAGCAUUACAUUGUCUCCGGUAACGAAGCAAAAACUAAAUGGGCUCAAUGAAGCUGCAGUGGAGAGUUUAGUUUUAAAUGGACCAAUUUAUGACAAAAUAUUUGCCGUUUUAAAAAAACAGAAUUUGGAUAUAUCACGUGACCCACGUUUAGGUCCACUUGUGGACUUACGCAAAGAAUAUGUGGCAAAUCCUGCGGUCAAAAAAGAUAUUGAUUCCAUGGUCUAUAUGCCUAAUUCAUUGUCCUACAGUUCACCUCUGAAAACUCCUUCUAAAUUUAUAAAUGACUUGGCCUUUAACUCUCCUCUUCCUCUAAAGGGUUCUUCAUCCAAUAAAUUAAAAUUUGGAUCUCAAAUGCAACAGGAGACCCCAAUGCGAAAAGUUCAUUUUGGGAAUAUAUCAAUGGCCAAUACGAUUCCGGAUUUUUUGCCAACAAAUGUAGAUUAUGAACGUGACCCUAUCUUUGCCAAUAUUAUUCAUUCUGACUCUUUGAAGAAUGCCAUACAAAGUGCCAAUCAGAAAUUUCGUUCACCACUGCCGUUAAGUAUGGGUCAGCCCAAAGGCGAUUCAGAUAUAUCUGAAGGCGAUCUAAGUGAUGCAACUAAGAGAAAACUUCAAUGCUUGGGUAUCAAUCAUAAAGAAAUGUUGCAAAGUGCUGUCCUCAAUGCUCCGUUUUAUGAGAGGCUUUUUAAAAAUCUAAAUGAUAUGAAAAUAAAUUACUCCUCAUGUCAACAGCUGAAGCCAUUGGAGGAAUUGUCAAUGGCAUUACGCACUGACCGCCCUUUGUACGAAGAGGUCCGUGAAUAUGUUACGGCUUUACCCGGAAGCUUAGACAUUGCGUAUGCUCCAAUAAACAUCAAUUUGGGACAGGCCAUGAGUAUUUCCCGCAGUACUGACUCUGGAUUUGAAUCUCCCAGCCACAGUGCAACUACAAGUUAUAAUCCUUAUGUGGAUGAUAUGAAAGCUCUGCCUGGAAAGCUUGUGAGUGUGCCAGGAAUCCAGGAUAUGAAUAUGUAUCCAUCGGUGGCACCAUCACCAGAAGCUCUUCAGAUGAAUAUGCACAAUUUAUCGCUGCAGGAAAGCGAUGCCAAACAAGGUGCUGGACCCUUGUCAAAGGUUGCUCUUAAUUGUCGCCAUUGCAGCAAGCCUAUUCAUUUUGGCGAAGUAGCCGUUAAAGCCGAACGAGCGGGUAAAGAAAUUGCCUGGCAUCCAGACUGCUUCCGUUGUCACGAAUGCCAAGAGUUAUUGGCCGAUCUCGUUUACUUUUUCCAUGGCGGUCAAGUUUAUUGUGGUCGAGAUUUGGCUCUAAAAUUGAAGAUACCCCGUUGCAAAGCUUGCGAUGAACUUAUAUUUACAAAAGAAUACACAGCCGCUGAAGGUUCUACAUUCCAUAUUAAGCAUUUUUGUUGCUAUCAUUGUGACGAGCCUUUGGCCGGACAUCAGUAUGUACCAGAUGAAAAGACUAAUAUGCCACUUUGCCUUAAGUGCUAUGACGAACAUUUUGGAAAUCCAUGCCAGAGAUGCCUACAAAUCAUUGGUCCCACAGAGAAGGGUGUUUCCUGGAACAAUAUACACUGGCAUGAUUCAUGCUUCCUUUGUGCGGGUGCCAAGUGUGAUAAGUCAUUGAUUGGAGGGCGCUUUUGCGUUAAACAAAAUAUGCCUUUUUGUAGUCCGGCCUGUGUGCAUAGUAAGAUCAAAUAGAAGCUAUCGAUCGAACCACUGACAUUUAUGCACACAAACACGCACACAAUUAUUUGUGAUUAGUAUUAUGUGAAUGAAAGUAAAAGUAUUUUUAUACAAUCAUAUACACAAUUUAUAAAUAUUUUACACAUUUUUAUACAUACAUAAGUAUUCGAAGAAGGCACAAUAUUUGCAUAUGUAUAUUUACACUUUUUUUAAAUAAUUAUAUACGGCGCACAAAUAACAAUAAAAGCAAAAGUUGGUGUUUAAUAAUCCACCAGGCUAAA